GUUUUAAAUAACCCAAGAAAAGGAUUCCUUAGUGUGUAAGAACUAAGAAGUAGUAGUAGAUGAGUUCAGUCCUUUAUCACAUGCAAAGAUAUAAAGUACUUCUCGAAAGCUUCAGACCAAAAUCACUUUAAAUAUAUAUAUAUAUAAACAAUAAUACCCAACAACCAAAUUGGCACAAAAGCAAAACCCCAAAAAAUUUCUAAACCUCCGAUCGAUGAUCUCCCAACUAAAACUGCAUCACAUCAUGGUUCUUCUUCUGAUCUAAAUUAAAACCAACCAACCACAGCUUCUUUUCAUCGGUACGUUAAUUAGCUAGACAUGUAUAGAUUUAGCAACACGUUGAUCGGGUUCUUAAACCUCUUCACACUGAUAGCCUCAAUCCCCAUCAUCGGGGGAGGGCUAUGGAUGGCGAGAAGCAGCACGACGUGCGAGAGCUUCCUACAGACGCCGCUGCUGGUGGUGGGGUUUGUGGUGUUGGUUGUGUCUCUAGCUGGGUUCAUUGGUGCUUGUUUUAACGUUGCAUGGGCGCUAUGGGUUUACUUAGUGGUGAUGUUGUUUCUAAUAGCUACGCUUAUGGGAUUGACGAUAUUUGGGUUUAUAGUGACGGCAGCGGGGGGAGGAGUGGAGGCACCGGGUGGGAGGGUGUAUAGAGAGUAUCAUUUGGAACAAUACUCACCUUGGUUGAGGAAGAGAAUUAAGGAUCCAAGGUAUUGGCUAACCAUUAGGAGUUGUCUUUUGGGUUCUAAGACUUGUGCUCAACUUGCUUCUUGGACUCCUCUUGAUUAUCUUCAAAGAGAUAUGUCCCCAAUUCAGUCAGGUUGUUGCAAGCCUCCAACGGCAUGCAACUACGACAUGAUGGCAGCAGGAGCCAUGGUGUCUCAGGAUCCGGAUUGCUAUCGAUGGAACAAUGCCCCUACCUUGUUGUGCUACGAGUGUGACUCCUGUAAAGCAGGUGUCCUUGAGAACGUUCGAAGAGACUGGCAUAAGCUCUCCGUUCUCAACGUCGUUGUCGUCAUCCUACUCAUCGGUGUCUACUGCGUUGGUUGUUGCGCCUUCCGCAACACAAAGAGGGCUGAGACUGACUACCCUUAUGGUCAUAAUCAGAUGACCAAAGUUCGACCAAGAUGGGACUACUACUGGUGGAGAUGGUUGCAUGACAAGAGAGAACAACUUUAUUAACAGACAAAUAUUCCAUCCUCCAUUUCCAAUUGUUCCCUUUCACUUUUCUUCUUGUUGAGAACAUCAAAAGAGUGGUCUCAAAUUUCCCUUUUCACUUAUGCUCUUCUCUUUCUCCCUCCUUGUUUUGUAUAGACUUUUUUUCCCAUCUAUAUAAGUAAUUUGAAAUUCGAAUUUUGAAAGUA